AUGGAGAACUCUAAUUUAGACAAUCUGACUGGACUUCAGCGUGUGCCACGCAGGCUUCCUGUCAUCAUAGUUAACGUUCCUAAAACCCGUCGUACUUUCUGUAAGAAGUGUGGCAAGCACCAACCUCACAAAGUAACACAGUACAAAAAGGGCAAGGAUUCUCUGUAUGCCCAAGGAAAGCGUCGUUAUGACCGGAAGCAGAGUGGCUAUGGAGGUCAGACUAAGCCGAUUUUCCAGAAAAAAGCUAAGACUACAAAGAAGAUUGUGCUGAGGCUUGAAUGUGUUGAGCCCAACUGCAGAUCUAAGAGAAUGCUAGCUAUUAAGAGAUGCAAACAUUUUGAACUAGGCGGAGAUAAAAAGAGGAAGGGGCAAGUCAUCCAGUUCUAAGCUCCAACUUUUUAUGAAGAUAGUAUAAUGAGGCCAUUCCAACCUUUGUUAUGAAGACAAUAAAACCAUGAGGUCAAAUUCA